GCCACACUGUGUACUUAGUCUCGCUUGGCUCCCUCGCAGAGAAUGACGUCCGUGUUAGCAGUACUUGUAGGGCUGGCCGUCGUUGGUCUAGGUGUUCGUGCAAACGCUGCAGACGACACCUACCUGAUCGGAACUGGCCGUUAUGACGUGACCGGCCCUGCAGCCGAAGUAGAAAUGAUGGGCUACGCAAUGCCGACGCAGAUCACGCACGGCAUUCAUUUCAGGCAGUGGUCCAGAGCCUUCAUCAUCGCAGACUCCUCCGACACUAGCAGAGUGGUGUUUGUCAAUGUCGACAUCUGUAUGGGGACGCAGAUACUCAAGAUUCAGGUUGUUGAGAAACUGAGAUCUCUGUAUGGAGAUCUUUAUACCAAUGACAACGUGCUCAUCAGUGGCAUCCACACUCACUCAGGACCUGCAGGCUACUUCCAGUAUCUCCUAUUUGAGUUGAUGUCCCUGGGGUUUGUAAAGGAGAGUCUGGAUGCAAUAGUUGGUGGUGUGGUGGCUAGUAUCCAGGAGGCCCACGAGAGCAGACAGCCAGGGAAACUCUACCUCAAUUCUGGCCUCCUGGCUGGAGCCAACAUCAACCGUAGCCCCGCAGCCUACGUGAGGAACCCCAAAGAGGAGCGAAUGAAGUACAUGUCAGUUGGAAAUGACACGGACCACGAAAUGGUGGUGCUGAAAAUGGUCGGUACGGAGGGAAACGACAUCGGGAUGAUCGACUGGUUCGCCGUCCACUGUACCAGCAUGAACAACACCAACUCUCUCAUCAGUGGAGAUAACAAGGGGCAUGCCUCGUUUCUAAUGGAAUCUGCCAUGAGCCCACCGGGAACACUCCCCGGGCAUGCGAAAUUUGUGGCUGCGUUUGCUCAGAGUAACGAGGGGGACGUCUCUCCUAAUACGAAGGGACCUCACUGUCUGGACACUGGGAAACCGUGUGAUCUUGUCCACAGUACUUGUAAUGGGAGGGUGAGCAAUGCGUGGCAUUUGGACCUGGCGUUGACAUGUUCGACAGCGCACGCAUCAUUGCAGAGAAACAGUUCAACAUGGGGAAGUCCCUCUAUGAAGAUGCCUCGCAGCAGGUCACUGGUCCCGUUCAGUUCAGACACUCGUUUGUCGAUUUCUCAGACGUGGCUGUCAACAUUAGUGGCAAGAUCCUCCACACCUGCCCCCCUGCCAUGGGCGAGGCCUUCGCAGCUGGCACGACAGACGGUCCCGGAGCCUUUGACUUUAAACAGGCUAGCAACACUACCAAUCCCAUAUGGAUAGCAGUGCGAGACAUUCUCCACAAGCCAACUAAGGAGCAGAUUGAGUGCCAGUUCCCCAAACCCAUCCUCCUGGACACAGGGUUCAUGAACUUCCCCUACCCCUGGCAGGCACGGGUCCUCCCCCUCCAGCUACUGAGGAUCGGCCAGCUGGUCAUUAUUGGGGUUCCAGCCGAAUUAACCACAAUGUCAGGAAGGAGGACAAGAGAGGCAGUCAAAAAUAUUCUGGUGAAGUAUGGAAAAGACGAGGGGUUUGGCAAUGACACUGUUCCUGUGAUCGCCGGACUCUCCAACACUUACUCAGACUACGUCGCGACGUUUGAAGAGUACCAGGCAAGCCAGGGACUAUACCCCACCUCUCUCUCUCUGGAUCUAGUGAGCUUGAAAUUCUCAGGAACAAAGAUACGAGGCAGCGUCAACGGCUUAUGGGCCGUACACACUUGAUGCCUACAUCCAGGAGUUCAGUAGACUUGCCAUGGAUCUUGCUACGAACAAGAGCAGCGAGCCGGGACCAGAUCCGCCCAAUUACCUGGAGAAGCAGUGGGCCCUCCAUCUACCAGUUGUGUUUGACGCAGCUCCUCUGGGGAAGAAGAUUGGGGACGUACACAAAGACACUGUCUCCAGCUACAACAUAGUGAGAGAGACACUGUGCUAUGCUUUUCGGUGCAUCUAUUGGCUGUUUCAUGAGGUUGUGUUGUUUUGCAGAAUGACACAGUCGAAGUUCAAUUCUGGGCCGGGAACCCAAGAAACAAUCUAAUGACUGGGAAGACAUUUCUGACUGUUGAGAGGCACAAUUCUACCACCGAUCAGUGGACUGUGCUGUUUACUGAUGCCAGCUGGGAGACCAGGUUUGCCUGGAAACAGACCAAUGUGCUACUGGGAGAGAGCUUGGCGACUAUCACGUGGACCAUCCCUCCGUCCACGUCGUCCGGAGACUACAGAAUACAGCACUUUGGCUACCGCAAGAGAAUAUUCACUGAAACCAUAUCUUCCUACAGCGGUGUCUCCUCCACCUUCUCCGUGAAAGGAAGCAAGUAGCAAACUAUGUACAUAUUUACACUCUGUGAAUCCUGACUUAUAAACGUACUGUGACACUAACGAGGUCUAGAACAUGAUUAAUUUUUUACAAUUUUUACACAUUGACUAAAAUUUCGUUAUACACUGAAGCUAGUUGGUGACUGGUGAGUGAGCUAGAGGUCUAUAUAAGGGAGUUUGCUACUGGUCUAGAGAGAGAAGGGGGAAGAAGAGGGAGGGAGAGGGUUUGUUCUAGAGUCUACUCCAUGUGCUGGUGUCCAGUCACGCUACAUCGCUCAGGGCAACCACUCCAGGCAGCUGCUUGCCUUCCAACAGCUCGAGACUAGCUCCGCCUCCUGUGCUGACAUGGCUGACCUUAUCCACCAUACCACACUGCUCCACCAGAGUAGCAGUGUCUCCCCCACCUGCACAGAUCAUGUGACCCUCACAUGACAAUCAUGUGAUGUCAUGUGACUGUCAUACCGAUGAUAGAGGUGGCUCCUUUUUCAGUGGACAUUACGACUGCAUCAAGGACGGCUUUUGAACCACGGGCAAAGUUUUCAUAUUCAAACACUCCCAUUGGUCUGGAAGAGAGAGAGAGAGAACAUUUACCUAGAAAAAGGUACAAUUCGUAUAUUCUACGGAAAUAAUCAAAGCUUACCCAUUCCAAACGAUGGUGGCAGAUUUCUCGACCACACCCACAAACUGGGCCACACUCUCGGGACCAACAUCCAAACCCAUCCACCCCUCCGGAAUACC